AUGUUAGUAUCUGUUUUGCUCUGCAAGGCUCAGCAAAAAUUGCUCUAUGCUGAUGAUGCCCAGAGCGACAUAACUUCCAUCUGCGCAGGGUCAGAUAACCUCUUUCUGGGUACUACGGAUGGCUUCGUCCAUAUUCUCUCUAGGGCCUUUAAGGUCAUUCGGUCCUUCAAAGCCUACGACACAGGCCCAAUAACGCACAUGAAACAGGUUACUGGGACAUCGUAUCUUGUGACUCUGAAGGAAGAUUUAUCAAGCGAACCCGUGCUGAAGGUAUGGGCACUCAAUGAAGUAGAUAAGAAGACUGAUGAACCUCGAUGCCGUUCGACUAAAAACGUGCAUAACAAGCGGAGGCAAUUUCCAGUCUCUGCGUUUGUUGUGUUGGACGACCUAUGGCAGAUCGCAGUGGGAUUUGCCAAUGGUUCGGUGACUCUUAUUAGAGGGGAUUUAAUUCAUGAUCGGGGUGCUGAGCAGAGAACGAUUUUUGAAUCAGAAGAACCUAUCACUGGCCUGGAAGUUCAACGCGGAGCCACAACAACACUCUUUAUUGCCACUACUGGGCGCAUACUCACCAUAGUUAUCACCGGCAAAGGGGACGGCCAGCCUGCUCGUACAUUGGAGAACCUAGGCUGCGGGGUGGGCUGUAUGUCAUUCGACAAAGAUACUAGCGAUGUCCUUGUUGCGCGGGAGGAUGCUAUAUACACAUAUAGACCAAACGGCCGCGGGCCAAGCUUUGCAUUUGAUAGCCCGAAAACAUUUAUCGAUGUUUUUCAGGAUUAUAUUGCCUUGGUUUGCCCACCCCUCGUACCAAUGGACAAGUCAGCUACUUUGCAGAGGUUUGGGACCAGUCAAGUAGAUGAAAUAUUUAAUACUUCCACUUUCACCCUCCUCGAACCGGAUUUGAAGUUUAUCGGACACUCUGAAGCUAUUUCGUCCAAGAUAAAGCACGUUUUUAAGGAAUGGGGUGAUCUAUUUCUCAUUACUGUGGAUGGAAAGGUGCUAGUGUUCAACCUAGAGUUUAUUUUAUGUGCUAACAAUUACAUGCAGCUCUACCGAUAUCAGGAGAAAACGUUGCAAGAGAAAUUAGAGAUUCUUUAUCAGAGGAAUCUUUAUAUCUUAGCCAUCAAUCUUGCACAGAAGGCUGGCAUUGAUACACUACAACAAAAUAUCAUUUUUCGCAAAUAUGGCGACUAUUUGUAUCACAAGGGUGAUUACGACACCGCAAUGCAGCAGUAUCUCCGCGCUAUAGAUAAUACCGAGCCAUCGCAAGUGAUCCGCAAGUUCCUUGAUACUCAACGCAUCCAUAACCUUAUUGAAUAUUUAGAAGAGCUGCAUGACCAUGAAAAGGCAACAAUUGACCACACCACCUUACUCUUGAAUUGUUAUGCGAAGUUAAAAGACACGACUAAACUGGACUCUUUUAUUAAAACCCCUGGAGAAUUGAAAUUCGAUUUAGACACCGCAAUUGCGAUGUGUAGGCAGGGUGGUUAUUUUGAACAAGCCACUUACCUAGCGACAAAACACGGGGAAAAUGAUAUGGUGGUUGACAUCCUAAUUGAGGACUCUAAACAAUAUUCCGAAGCUCUAAGGUUUAUUUGGAGCCUAGACCCAGGCCUUGCAUACCCUAAUCUCAUGAAAUAUGCCCGGGUUUUGUUAGAACACUGCCCACAAUCCACCACCAAAAUUUUCAUUGAUUACUAUACUGGACGAUAUCGACCCAUUAGAAAAAAGGAAGAGGAAGUAGUGAAAGGUGAAGAGAUACGAACUACAGGAGGUUUGCAGAACUUAGCAUCUCUUAUCCCAUUACCGUACCUUAGCAUUUCUAAGACCGACCAUUCAAAAUCCACAAUCAGCGAACCUCAGGUUACGACAGAGCAAGAAGAAAUUAUCCAGUACACCGUCCCAAAACCCAGGACAUCCUUCUCAUCAUUUGUUGACCAUCCCGAGGAAUUCAUCGUUUUUCUCGAGGCUUUAAUCAAACAGGAAGAUUUAACGAAGGACGAUAAAGUCGAUAUCUAUACUACAUUAUUCGAAAUGUAUCUUGAUACUGCAAGCCGCAAACGAAAUUCAACGGAAAAAGCCGAUUGGGAAGCGAAGGCUAAAAAACUGAUUGAAGGGAGCGACAUACCCGUUUCUACGUCAAACGUGUUGUUGCUAUCGGAUUUAUCUGGCUUCCAAGAAGGAACCACUCUCGUACGGGAACAGCAGGGUUUACGAUCUGAUAUCUUACGAUCAUACGCCGCUGUAAAAGAUACCCCAGGGGUGAUUAAGGCUUUACGAAAAUACGGACCAGAUGAGCCACAACUCUAUAUUGACGCACUCGCAUACUUUGCAUCAAGCCCCAAAACCCUAGAAGAGGCGGGAGAUGAACUUGACAUUGUUCUGAAACGUAUAGACCGAGAUGGGCUGAUGUCGCCGUUGCAAGUCAUACAAACCCUAAGCAACAAUGCUGUCGUUACAAUGGGCAUGGUCAAGAAGUACCUUGACGAUAAUAUACAAAGGGACAGAAAGGAGAUUUCGAAUAGCCGACGUCUUAUCAACAGUUACACCACCGAGACUGAAUCCAGGCGGCAAGAAAUCUCUGAGCUUGGUUCCAAACCUACUGUUUUUCAAGCCCGCCGCUGCUCGUCUUGCGGCGGUAACUUAGAUCUUCCCACUGUGCACUUUCUUUGCAAACACUCGUUCCACCAACGUUGUUUAAAUUCUGUCGAUGAGAACCUAGAAUGUCCCCUCUGUGCACCCCAAAACGCGACAAUACAAGCGAUUCGAGAACGCCAGAUCAAGGCUGCGGAUCAACAUGAACUUUUCCGCACAGAGUUGGAACGGAGUCGGGAUCGUUUCGGACUCAUUAGUGAGUUUUUUGGUCGGGGAGUUAUGAAACCUGGAAAUCUCGAGUAA